AUGCUGGACCACGAGGGCGGCUGGAGCGUGUCCUUCGCCGGCUGCGGCUUCCUGGGCGUCUACCACAUCGGCGCCGCCACUUGCUUGCAGGAGCGCGCCCCGCACGUCAUCCGCGACGCGCGGCACAUCUACGGCGCCUCCGCCGGGGCGCUGGCCGGCGCCGUCCUCGUCGGGGGCGGCUCUCUGGCUCAGGCUUGUGCAGAUGUUCUGGCAUUAGCCAAAGAAGCUAGAAAGCGAAAUCUUGGUCCUCUUCAUCCUUCCUUUAAUGUGAUAAAGAUAAUAAGAGAUGGGCUGAUGAGAAAUCUUCCAGAGAACACACACCAGUUGUCAUCAGGCAGACUGUGCAUUUCACUAACCAGAGUAUCAGAUGGCAAAAAUGCCUUGAUAUCUAAUUUCAACUCUAAAGAAGAAGUUAUACAGGCUUUAAUCUGUAGUUCAUUUGUCCCUAUUUAUUGUGGCCUCAUUCCACCAUCAUUUAGAGGUGUGCGCUACGUGGAUGGAGGAAUCAGUGACAACUUGCCUCACUAUGAGUGUAAGAACACCAUCACAGUGUCCCCUUUUGCUGGGGAGUGUGACAUCUGUCCCAAGGGAAAGUCAGCCAACUUCCAUGAGAUGAAUGUGACCAACACCAGCAUUCAGUUCAGCCUGGGCAACCUUUACCGUUUAACACAGGCACUCUUUCCACCUGAACCUAAGGUACUCGGAGAGAUCUGUGAGCAGGGAUAUUUGGAUGCUCUUAAGUUCUUGAAGGAGAAUGGUAUUCUAAAUGACUCAAUUUAUAUCCACUUAUCCUUCACAAAAAGAAACCCUCAUGAGGCUGCACAGCAACACAUGGACCAUAUGAAGAGAAGAAAAUUGACAGAAAAUAGCAGAGUAGAAACUUUGAAAAUGACCACCUUAAAUGACCAGCUAAAGCAAAAUCCAUGGCCUUUGGAGAAGAGCAUAUUUGAGAGUCUACCUCCCAGACUUCGUAAAGCACUGCAGGAAGCUUGCAAAGAACAGAAUGGAUUCUAUGCUCAGUUCUCUAAACUCUUCCCCAUGAGGGUGAUAUCCUACCUGAUGCUGCCAUACACACUCCCAGUGGAGUCUGCUUACUCAGUUGCUUUACGGUUGGUGAACUGGUUUCCUGACAUGCCUGCUGACAUUCGAUGGAUGCAGGAGCAGCUUUUUCGGAUUGCUGCCACAGUUUAUGCCCAGGCUAAAAGCAAGCUCUUCUGUACAGCCAGGAAAGAUCAUUAUGAAUCACUAAAAAAAUGUCAAACCGUCCCAUCUACAGUGGAAUUUCGUUCUUCGUACUGCCACCUUAAAAUGCCUCACUCUGCUGCACACAUUGAGAGCUGGCUCUGGGAAUCUUCAUGCUUCAUGCACUCAGCUAUGAAAAAUGCUCCUGCUGAUAUCCAGGAACACUCAGACUUAAAGUCCUAUCCUAAUUUCCUCCCAAACCCUGAUGAGUCUGCGUUGGAAAUAGAUGUUGACUCUUCCUCAGAGACAAGUUUCCAAACUGCUCCAGAAUAUUAA